AGUUAUUUAUUUUUGCUGAAACUGAUGAUAACUGUCUCCAUGCACUUUCUUUCAUGGCCGUUCUUUUCUCCAAUCUCAUCAGCAUCACCAACAACACCAAACCCUGCUUCUCUUUCACCUCAAAACCCAUAAUUUGUGGGGCCAAGAACCUCACUUCCAAACGGAGCCUCAUCCUUCAAACUCCUCUGGUCUGCAUUGGCAUUGGCCUAACUCCUCAAGUCUCAGUUGCGCAAGAAUCGCCGUCCAAAUCGCUUCUUUCUAGCAUUGAAAACACGACAUCUUGGUUUCAGUUCUACGGUGAUGGGUUUGCCAUUCGAGUCCCACCGGAGUUUAAGGAUAUCACGGAACCUGAGGAUUUGGAUGCUGGACAGUCUCUUUAUGGGGACAAGGCAAAGACAAAGACUUUUUCAGCACGGUUUGCAUCUUCCGAUGGAUCAGAGAUUCUAAGUGUUGUUACUAAGCCAACCAAUCAACUUAAAAUCACCUUCUUACAGGCUCAGAAUAUAACUGAUUUAGGUUCCCUGAAGGAAGCAGCAAAAAUUUUUGUUCCAGGGGGCUCAAAAAUUUAUUCUGCAAGAUCAAUAAAAAUAAAGGAAGAUGAGGGUUUUACGACUUACUAUUUCUAUGAAUUUGGUAGAGAUAACCAGCACGUAGCAUUGAUGGCAGGGGUCAGCAGUGGAAAGGCUUUUAUUGCUGGAGCAACUGCACCACAGUCCAAGUGGGACAGCGAUGGUGUAAAACUUCGUUCUGCUGCAAUAUCAUUAAAAAUUCUGUAGACUGUAGCCAUGUACUGAAUUUUUUUAUCUGGGUAUGUCAGCUCAUUAUUUCAACACUUCAGUGAUAUGGUUUUUAAUAUUUUCAUGUAGACAUGUAGUGUAAUACUGUCUUCUAUUUUGAUUCAAGAUUUUUAUAUAAACUUCAUAGAGUAUUGAAAGAUCAUUUGUUUUCCUGUUUCAUAGUCUAAAUUUGUGUUUGAAGCUGAAGCCUGGGGUAAAGUAAUGUUUAUCCAGCUGCUGAGAACUAAGGUUGUUAUAGCGUUAUGCGAAAAAUCAAAACUGGCUAUGAAGGCCAUUGAUUUGAUAAACGACUUAUCAUUCUAUUCUAUGGCAAGAACAAUGACUUCUUGUACUACUUUUAACUGCUUGUGUACAACUCUUUCUAGCUUCCAUUUAAUGGUUUUUUAUUUAUUUAUUCUGAUUUGAAGCAGUCCUCUACUUGUCACCUGCAUGAUUGCAGACUGCAGUAAUCUUGACACACAAUUCAUUGGGUGCUCAGCUGCCUGUCAAAGCUGAAAAGCAGUUAACAAUGCAUUGGACAUUAUAUAAAUAUUCUGUCGAAUGUUGUGAGGCUACUGCUUUUACUAAUUACUGAAAUUUUGAUCUAAGUAUUGACAUUUGAUUGGAUAAAACACAUUUGUUAUUUUUAUAA